CAAUCAGUCCAUCUUGCCUCAAGAGAGUUCCAUCUGGUCUAAAUUAUGGCAAAUUAAAACUAUUCCAAGACAUUUGCAAUUGAUGUGGAGGAUUAUUCAUAACAGGUUACCGGUAAGAGAAGCUUUGUUUAAACGAGGUGUAAUUUGCUCCCCACUUUGCUGCUUUUGUGAUGGAGCGAAUGAGUCAAUUGAUCAUUUAUUUAUGGGUUGUGACUGGACGAAAACAGUGUGGUUUGCUUCAAACUUGGGUGUUAAUUUUGCUGCUUAUUGUGAGGCCACAAUCUCAUUUAGUGAAUGGGUGAGCAAAGUUAUCAUGCAUCAGGACAUAGAAGUUGUGCAAUUGGUGUUAUCUAUAUGUUAUGAAAUAUGGAAGGUGAGGAACACACGGUGCUUUGAAGGAGCUGAAUUGCCUAAUGCCUUAUCUUGUUGGAAUAAUGCUCAUAAGUCCAUUAGUGAGUUUAAUUCCAGAGCUGAUAUGCUAACUCAGUCUAUAAUGCAUCCCAUUCCAAUGCCGGACUCCGCAAUUCGAUGGACUUUACCCGAGACAGAUUUUUACAAGCUUAAUGUGGAUGCUGCAGGUCCAAAUAAUGAUGGUAAUUGGGGAUUGGCUGCAGUUAUUCGUGAUGCAGACGGAUGUGUUGUCGCAGCAGCUUGUUGGUACUUGCCGGUAUUACCACAAUCUGAUGUUGCUGAAGGUCUGGCCUUGCUUAAAGGAAUGGAAUUUGCAAAGGAUUUGUUGUUUCGUAAGCUAACUAUAGAAUCAGAUUCCUCGAAUGUCAUCACUGCUAUCAAUAAGUCUCAAUAUCAACAAUCUUAUUUGGGAGCAAUAAUUGAAGACUGCCGAAGUUUAUUUCCAAGUUUUAAUAAUUUAAAUUUUUUUCAUAUCCGCAGAGUAGCAAAUCAAGCUGCCCAUUACCUAGCUAAAUUUGCUAUUUCUUCUUGUUCUGAUUUUAUUUGGAUUGAAGAAACUCCUUCCUGUAUUUCCGCAGUUGUGGCUCUAGAUUUAUUGCCGCUAAUUGAUUAAUA